GUAUUAGUUUAAGAAAUUAAGGCAAAAACACGGUCGAUUUUGGAAAUCCUUAUCUUUUUUAAGCUUCUUACAUACAACCCUUACCACGACAUAUUUCAUUUUCCAAAAAUUAAAAAAAAGACACAACGGAGUGAGUAUAAAAAAGAGAGAGGAUUUGUUCAUUACUCCGUAAUUUGAAAAAAAGGAGUAGGUAAGUAAAAUACAAACUCCGUAUCAAAUUGAGCCUUGUUUUUAUGAUUAAUCCUUUGAAUUGGAUUUAAUAAGGUUUGGAAUCCGGUUUUCAGAUACACUUUUUCUAGAGAGAGAGUGUCUCUUCUUGUGUCUCUUUUGUGUCUGUCUUUGUUAGGGAGAGAAAGUAAUAGAAACCGUGUUUCAAACCCAAGGAUCUCAAAUCUCAACCCAGAAACUCAACAAUUUUUCAAGGAUAGAAUUCAGUAAAGUUUGCAUCUUGGAGGAAGUGGUUGGUGGGUGGUUCAUCUACUGCUGUAUGUGUGGCUACUGAUCUGCAAGUGAAGGAUUAAUUUAUGCAACCUUAUCAAAGGAGAAAUUAAGAUAUAGCUAUUUAAGGACAUGUCUUUCCGAAGCAUAGUCCGUGAUGUGAGGGAUAGUUUCGGAAGCUUGUCUAGGCGAAGUUUUGAAGUGAGGCUCUCCGGUCAUAUCAGGGGAAAAUCGCAUGGUUCAGUUCAUGAAUUACAUGACCCUCCCGUUGUUAUCCAGAACAGCAAAUGGGCUAGCCUUCCUCCUGAGUUGCUUCGCGAUGUUAUUAAGAGAUUAGAGGCUAGUGAAAGUACAUGGCCUGCUCGGAAGCAUGUUGUUGCGUGUGCUGCUGUUUGCAGAUCCUGGAGGGAUAUGUGCAAAGAAAUUGUUAGGUGCCCAGAGCUGUCUGGAAAGCUUACCUUCCCCGUCUCAUUAAAGCAGCCUGGUCCACGAGAUGGAACAAUUCAAUGCUUCAUUAAGCGAGAUAAAUCCAACUUAACUUACCACCUUUUCCUUUGUCUUAGCCCUGCUUUGUUGGUCGAGAAUGGAAAAUUUCUUCUUUCUGCAAAGCGGACCAGGAGAACCACCUGUACAGAGUACGUCAUCAGUAUGGAUGCAGAUAACAUAUCGAGGUCCAGUAGCACUUACAUAGGAAAGUUAAGGUCAAAUUUCUUGGGAACGAAAUUCAUCAUUUAUGAUACACAGCCACCCUACAACAGCUCACAAUCAUCACCUCCAGGCCGUAGCAAGAGGUUCUACUCCAAAAAGGUCUCCCCAAAAGUUCCUACAGGCAGCUAUAAUAUUGCCCAAGUCACGUAUGAGCUGAAUGUUCUUGGUACACGGGGACCACGCAGGAUGCACUGUGUUAUGCAAUCGAUUCCGAAUGCCUCUCUAGAGCCAGGUGGAAGUGUACCAGGGCAGCCUGAGCUCCUCCCCCGAUCUCUUGAAGACUCUUUCCGCAGCAUGUCAUUCUCAAAAUCAAUUGAUACUAGCACCGAGUUCAGUAGUUCCCGGUUCUCUGACAUCAUGGGCCCUCGUGACGACGAUGAAGAGGGCAAAGAGAAGCCCUUGGUACUCAGGAAUAAGGCCCCGAGAUGGCACGAACAAUUGCAAUGCUGGUGUCUAAAUUUCCGGGGAAGAGUGACCGUUGCUUCAGUGAAGAACUUCCAACUUAUAGCUGCAACACAACCUCCUCCUGCUGGGGCACCAACACCUUCUCAGCCCGCGCCGUCAUCAGACCAUGAUAAAAUCAUUCUACAAUUCGGAAAAGUUGGCAAGGAUAUGUUCACCAUGGAUUACCGGUACCCUCUCUCUGCAUUUCAGGCCUUUGCAAUCUGUUUGAGCAGCUUUGACACUAAAUUGGCAUGUGAAUAGUAGGAAAUCAAUCGAUGGCAAUUAAAGCUGAAAAAACUAGCAAAAAAACUUUAAAAAAAGUGUUGAGAACAUUUAGCAGGUCAUAAUCACAAGGGUUUUUCGUCGUAGAGUUGAUUAGCGUUUGUCUAUGAAAAAAGUCAUUUGUAUAACCUUCGAUCAAUGAAAAGUGCAUUGAAGGAUAACAGAAUCGUUGAUAAUGCAUCUGUUUUCAGUCUCUUCUAUUGUAAUUCUAUGCACUUUCACUUGUAGAUCGUUGUUCUGUGUUGAAUGUUGUCUUAUGAUCUGUUGUAACAAAUAGUGCCAGAAAAGGAUUCGAAACUUUCUAGUCGCCUCUAGCUCCAUCGUACAAUGUAGUUUCUGUUGAUUCCCUAGCCAGAUUAUUGUUGUUUCUGGCUCAUAAAAGAUGAAAAUUGCUUGGCUGA